AUGGAUUUCUUCCCAGUCUUGUUCGUCGUGCCCAGAGUCGUGGGCUGGAUCGCACAUUGGCGACAGAUGAUGCUUUCUCCAUCGGGAGUCAAGAUCUGGCGCCCUCGUCAAGUUUACGUCGGUUCGUCCACACGUGACUACGUGCCUCUGGAGGAGCGCACAGGUGCUGUUCAAGUUGGCGUUGGUAUGGAGCCGAGCGUGAUUGAGCAUUCGGGGAUGACGAAGAGGCGGAAGUUGGCGGAGGCUAGUGGUAAGGUCAGAAGUAAGCUUUGA